ACUCCUCCCGAGAGUGGCUGGGUGCCCACAUCCGAGGAGUCAGGGCUGAGGAUGGGGAGAACCCCGGGGACCCAGAAGACCGUGCCCUGCCUGAAAGUCCUGCCUGAAGGCCCACAGGACUUGCCCUAACAGAGUCUGGACAGCUGCCUGGUGAUUCCUACUUCAACCCCUCUGAGUGAACAGCGACCCAACAUGAACUACAGUCCCCAUUUGACCUUCCUGUGCCUGUAUCUCUUCACUCAAAGGAUGUGUAUCCAGGGGCGUCAGUUUAACAUCGAGGUCAACGGAAGUGACAAGCUUUCCCUGCCUGGCUUUGAGAACCUUACAGCAGGAUAUAACAAGUUUCUCAGGCCCAAUUUUGGCGGAGAACCAGUUCAGAUAGCACUGACUCUGGACAUUGCAAGCAUUUCUAGCAUUUCAGAGAGUAACAUGGACUACACGGCCACCAUAUACCUCCGACAGCGCUGGACGGACCAGCGGCUGGUGUUCGAAGGCAACAAGAGCUUCACGCUGGAUGCUCGCCUCGUGGAGUUCCUCUGGGUGCCAGACACUUACAUCGUGGAGUCCAAGAAGUCCUUCCUCCAUGAAGUCACUGUGGGAAACAGGCUCAUUCGCCUCUUCUCCAACGGCACCGUCCUGUAUGCCCUCAGAAUCACGACGACUGUUGCGUGUAACAUGGAUCUGUCCAAAUACCCCAUGGACACACAGACAUGCAAGUUGCAGCUGGAAAGCUGGGGCUAUGACGGAACCGACGUGGAGUUCACCUGGCUGAGAGGCAACGACUCUGUGCGUGGGCUGGAAAACCUGCGGCUUGCUCAGUACACCAUACAGCGGUAUUUCACCUUAGUCACCAGAUCGCAGCAGGAGACAGGAAAUUAUACGCGAUUGGUUUUGCAAUUUGAGCUUCGAAGGAAUGUCCUGUAUUUCAUUUUGGAAACCUACGUUCCUUCCACUUUCCUGGUGGUGUUAUCCUGGGUUUCGUUUUGGAUCUCCCUCGAUUCAGUUCCUGCAAGAACCUGCAUUGGAGUGACCACCGUGUUAUCAAUGACCACACUGAUGAUCGGGUCCCGCACUUCUCUUCCCAACACCAACUGCUUCAUAAAGGCCAUCGAUGUGUACCUGGGGAUCUGCUUCAGCUUCGUGUUUGGGGCUUUACUGGAAUACGCAGUUGCUCACUACAGCUCCUUACAGCAGAUGGCAGCCAAAGAUAGGGCGACAGCGAAGGAAGUGGAAGAAGUCAAUAUUACUAACAUCAUCAACAGUUCCAUCUCCAGCUUUAAACGGAAGAUCAGCUUUGCCAGCAUUGAAAUUUCCGGCAAUAACGUAGACUAUAGCGACUUGACAAUGAAAACCAGUGACAAGUUCAAGUUUGUCUUCCGAGAAAAGAUGGGCAGGAUUGUUGAUUAUUUCACAAUUCAAAACCCCAGCAAUGUUGAUCGAUAUUCCAAACUACUCUUUCCUUUGAUUUUUAUGCUAGCCAAUGUAUUUUACUGGGCAUACUAUAUGUAUUUUUGAGAUGGCGUUCAAUUGUUUGCAUGCCACAGGUCUUCAACAGAACAACGUAGUGAUGUAAGUGGUAUUCUAGGCCAAGUGUGCACCUUGACCCAAUGGUGCUACAAGUGACUGAAAUAACAUUUGACUAUGUCUCCUAAAAGAAUGGACCCUAACCAUUAUUCUAAGCUGUAUAGAAGUCCUAGCAUUAUGGGAUCUUGUAAUAGAAACAUCAGUCCAUUGCUCUUGCACCAAGGACAUCCCUGUGGAGCCCAAGAUUACAAACCUACCCAGGACUAUUUCCUCAGUGGCUCCCUGGUCUGCAUUUACCUCACAUAAAAUAAUAGGGAGGGUACCAUUACAUGUAUUGGGUAACCUUCAAGUGUCAGGGGUUGUUUCUAAAUUAAUCAUACGUGUUACGUACUAAAUGUCUGAAGCACUUAGAAAAUAUAUUGUUGCCUAUUUAGGGAGUAACAUUUUCUAGGUUUUUGUUUUUGAUUAAAAUGAAAUGUGGGCUUAUAUCAAUUCACUGGGAGUCACUGCACUAACUCAAUGCCAAGCUGUAUUUUUAAUAAGGGGUAUUAUUUAAUACCACAGCAGAAUUGUCCCCAAACUCCAUAAGCCCUAUCACUGAGAAUCAAAUGUAAGUAAAGAAAAAGUUAGUGAAUCAAUAAUAUAAAACAUAAAUCUCUUAUUUCUAAGAUAAAAUGGAUUCCCCAGACUGGAAGGAGUCUGAGGCUUUAUUCCUCCAUUAUACAUGUCUUAUCGUUUUACUUUAUAUGCACAUCAGUCCUAAACAAUGGUAAAGCCUUUUUCUCACAUCACAGAUAGAAAUUGAAGAAUUUUUUUAAAACUUAUUCUAGGAGUCUUAAUAUGGACUGUUGCCAUGAAGACUUGCAGAAUCAAGCUCAUUUUCUAGCUGCCUUUACUCAUAUGCUAAGGAAGUACUAAAAAUACCUGGUUGACAUGGUCGAGAAUCCCUGUCAUUCUGUCAUUUCUGCUACUCUAGCCCUGAGCAGCACUUUCCCAGCAGCAGACCCCCUGCAUCUUUCCAAGAGGAGCUUUCAUCCUUAUGCUCUAAUGACCAGGAAUGAUGCUGAUUAGCUAACACACUGCAUUACCCAGGAACAAGUGGCUUAGCUCAAGUAAGCUUGGCCUUGCUCAGAUCCUCGAUCCUUCUAGCCGGACUAUUUUGAGUGUCAUGUCCUGCAUGAGCAGAAGAAUGUUGGGCCUGAGUCCGAAUUUUCUGAGUAACAAUGGAAUAUGUCAUAGAACCUAUG